AUGACCAAAUUAAGGCACUACGGCUACUUCGCGUCCUUAUGCCUUUUAAUAAUUCCCGUGGUGGUUUUCGCCGACUGCUCCGGUGAGGCUGAGGCUACUGAAGCUGGGCAGGGGCACAAACCCCAGGCCCUAAAAUUAAAAGUCGCAGCCAUUGCAUUCGUACUGUUUGCUGGCGCAAUGGGUGUUGGCAUUCCCAUUCUUGGGAAGGCCAUACCUUGUCUAAAUCCGGGCAGCAGCCUGUUUUCAAUAAUCAAGGUGUUUGCAGCCGGUGUCAUAUUGGCCACCGGCUUCAUUCAUGUCCUUCCCGAUGCCUUCGAAAGCUUGACGUCUCCAUGCCUGAAGGAGAACCCGUGGAGGAUGUUUCCCUUCACUGGGUUUGUGGCGACGGUUGCUGCCAUUGGAACUUUGAUUAGUAACAGGGUGAUUACGCUUUAUUUUGUUUUAAUUAAUGUUUUGAAUACUAAUUCUUUUGUUUGUACUUUGUUGCAGGUUUUGGAGUUGGGUACUGUCGUCCACUCCAUCAUCAUAGGAAUCUCCUUGGGUGUUUCUGGAAGUCCAGACACCAUAAGGCCCUUAGUUGCUGCGUUAGCCUUUUAUCAAUUUUUUGAAGGCAUAGGCCUUGGUGGAUGUAUAGCUCAGGCGAAUUUCAAGUCUCGAGCAACUGCAGUCAUGGCACUGUUCUUCUCCCUCACAACUCCUAUUGGAGUUGCGAUCGGGAUUGGAAUAUCGAACAUCUAUACAGAAAACAGCCCGACAGCCCUUGUGGUUGAAGGCGUUUUAAACGCGGCUUCAGCGGGUAUUUUAAUUUACAUGUCGCUGGUCGAUAUGCUUGUGGCCGAGCUUAUGAACUCAAAGCUGCAGAGCAAUAUAAGGCUUCUGGCUGGGGCCAAUUUAUCAGUUCUUCUUGGGGCAGGGUGCAUAUCAUUAUUAGCCAUAUGGUCUUAG